AUGGGGUUUACAGGCACACCAGGCCUUAAUGUUGAUUAUGAUUCUAAUGCCGUGACUUUUGAUGAUGUGCAUGUGAAAUUCACUGAGGAAGAGUGGAAUUUUCUGGAUCCUUCCCAGAAGAAUCUCUACAAAGAUGUGAUGUUGGAAACCUACCUGAACCUCAAAGCUAUUGGCUAUAAUGGGGAAGACCAUCACCUUGAAGAACAUUUUCAAAGUAGCACAAGACAUGAAAGGCAUGUAAGAAGUCACAGUGGAGAGAAACCCUAUGAGUGUAAUCAAUGUGGUAAAGCCUUUGCACAGCACAGUACUUUGCAAUAUCAGAAAAGAACAUGUACUGGAGAGAAACCUUAUAAAUGUAAUCAAUGUGGUAAAGCCUUUUCAUAUCACAGUCAUCUCCAAUAUCAUAAAAGAACACAUACUGUAGAGAAGCCUUCUGAAUGUAAUCAAUGUGGUAAAGCCUUUGCGCAGCGCAGCCAUCUCCAAAGACAUAAACUGACACAUACUGGAGAGAAACCUUAUGAAUGUAACCAAUGUGGUAAAGCCUUUACAAGACCCUGUCAUCUCCAAUAUCAUAAAAGAACACAUACUGGAGAGAAACCUUAUGAAUGUAAUCAAUGUGGUAAAGCCUUUUCACGUCACAGUGAUCUCCAAAGACAUAAAAGAACACAUACUGGAGAGAAACCUUAUGAAUGUAACAAAUGUGGUAAAGCCUUUGCAAGACCCAGUGAUCUCCAAAAUCAUAAAAGAACACAUACUGGAGAGAAACCUUAUGAAUGUAAUCAAUGUGGUAAAGCCUUUUCACGUCACAGUAAUCUCCAAAGACAUAAGAAAACACACACUCGAGGGAAACCUUACGAAUAUAAUCAAUGCAGUCAGAAUCGUGGCAUCGUGGAAGAAAGAGUUAAUGUAGUCAUGACAGGAGCGCCUGGAGCCACACGCAGCCUGGAGGAGAGUGUGGCCAGAGGCCCUGAUCCCAGAGUGACUACGCGCCACACAGCACAGGAUGCUCCGGGCUGCCCCGGGCUGCCCGUGCUCAUGAAAGGGAACAGAGUGAACCUCAGGAAGGAAGUGGAUGUGUGA